AUGUGCACGACAUUCCACAAGCCUUCGCGUCCGCUCACCUGGCUCAUCACGGGUUGCUCUUCCGGCCUGGGACUUGAACUCACUCGGGCCAUCCAGCACGAAGGUCACGUCGUAAUUGCGACUUCUCGCCAGCCGGCUCGCACCCCGGAGCUAGUGGCGGAAGUUGAAGGUCACGGCGGUCAGUGGCAUGCGCUGGAUGUGGAAGACCCCACGGCUGCAGCUACAUUGAUCGACUCCCUUGAAUCAUCUGGAACUCAGAUCGAUGUUCUCAUCAACAAUGCAGGCUCUAUUAUUUUCGGCGCCGUGGAGCAACUAUCGGACAAGGAACUGCGUCGCCAAAUGGAGGUGCUGUACUUCGGGCCGAGCCGGCUGAUCCACGCUGUCUUGCCGCGCAUGCGACAGCGGCGCCUUGGAAUUAUUGUCAAUAUCAGCUCGGGGGCGGCUCUAGAUGGCCGAGAUAGUAUGGGAGGGUAUGCGGCUGGUAAAGGAGCUCUUGAUGCUUCAUCGCGGGUCCUGGCAAAGGAAGUUACCCCGUUCAACGUCCGUCUGUUGACUGUAUGGCUGGGCACAUUCAGGACCAAUUUUGGAAAUGCCUCCCAGUUUUCUGAGGGGCCUUUGCCUGACGACUAUCGUGGCUCCGUGGCGGAGAAUAUGAUGGACGCUAUCAAGAGCGGCAAAUUUGUGGGGGACGGCGACACAGAGAAGGCUGCGAAGGCAAUCUUGGAGGUUGUCUUGGGUCAGGGUGCUGGUACUAGUCUUGAGGCAGAACGCUUCCUACCCUUGGGAAGAGAUAUGCUUACUCGGGUUGGGCUGGUUCGAGACCAGUGCGGUCAUGCUCUAGAGGUAUUUGGGGAUAUUUGCGGCAAUGUUUACGCAGAAUGA